AUGUUGCUACACUUUCCGAGCUUGUUAAAAGAUGGGGACAUUAACAAGGCUAUCAAUAAAGGAAUAAUCGAAUGUGAUGCUACUACCAUUAAAGUGUCAUACAAGAGUGAUGAUCUUAUAAUUGAUUUUCUUGGUGUUGAUAAUUCGAAUAGUAGAAGGUCUAGUUCAUCAAAGCUUACCUUUGAUGACAUUGGAUAUAAAAUAUUUGAAUAUGUGAAUUGGGUUUUUAGCCACCUAAAUGAUG